UGAGUUCAGAGGGAUUCAGCUCGGACGUGUCAUGAGGAGAACUGAACGGAGACCAGUGAUAUACAUGAGUCGUUUCGGUCUGUGCCACACAGGAAUAAAUCUGCCGUCUUUAAAGUUUCACUUCAGUCGUUUGAGUCAUUUUAGGUGCUGUGGUGGAUCUGGCUUAUUGCACAUGUGAGUUUUCCUCCAGCAAUGAAACCCUGGCCUAUUAUGGCCUGGGGCCUAAUGCUGACCGCCAUCACUGGCUGGAUAAAAAAUGCUCAAUCAAGGGACUUUACAGAAAAAGACAUAAUUUUCCUCCAUCCCUCAAGUAAGCCAACCCCAUAUCCAGGAGGAUUUAAAUGCUUUACUUGUGAAGAUGCACCUGACAACUAUGAAUGCAAUCGCUGGGCUCCAGAUUUGUACUGUCCAAGAGAGAGCAGAUAUUGCUACACACAUCAUAAGAUGAUCUGGGAUGGGACCACAGUGUCAGUCACAAAGCGUUGUGUGGCACUGGAAGACUGUCUUGCAACAGGGUGCACUGAGAUAGAUCAUGAAGGAAACAAGGUGUGCACAGCCUGUUGUGAAGGGAACAUCUGUAACAUGCCCCUCCCACAAAACGAGACUGACGCCAUCUUUGCCACCACAUCCCCCAUUAACAAGAGCAUGCGACCGGCACAGAGUCAUGUGCUGCUGCUUUCUUUCUGUAUCAUCAGCCUGAUGCUCCACAGUAUUAACUGAAAGAGUUGUCCAUAGUGGAAUAAACCGUAAUGGCAGUACUUUUGGAAAUUAUUUGAUGACAGCUGACUUUUUGAGGACAGCUGUGGGCAUCACUUUUCUCAACAUGAAGUGUUAAUUGUUUGACGUAAGAAUACGUUUUCAUGAUUCUUAUACUAAUGUUAAUCCAAUUUCUAUAACUGCUUAUCCUAUGUAGGGUCGCAGAGAGUGCUGGAGCCUAUCCCAGCUACUUUGGGUCGUAGGCAGGGUAUCACCCUGGACAGAUGGUUAGUCCAUCACAGGGCUAACACACAGACAAACACAUUCACACUCUCACUCACACCUACGGGCAAUUUAGAGUUUUCAGUUCACUUAACCUGCAUGUUUUUGGACUGGAGGGAUACCAGAGCACCUGGAAGAACACAUGCGAACAAAGGGAAAACUCUAGGACUUGGCCUAGUUCUGUGAGGUGACAGUGCUAACAACUGGGCCACCAUGCCACCUGUUUACUAUGAAAAAAUAUAGUCCAGGAUAGGGACUAAAAACAAAAUGUUUAUCCUUUUGUUUCGUUCUAAGCUGAAACAGUACUUUUUCAUUCUGGUUUCCGGCGCUCAAAGGCCUCCUUCCUACAGUUAUUGUUCUUUUUAAAAUGACUGUACUCUAUGCUAAGAGAAACAAGAUAAAAAUAAGGGACUUCUGAAAAUAAGUGAUUACAUUUUAUUUGAAUUAUCAGCAUAAAAAUCAUAAUAUGUAUAGUAUACUGUAUAGUAGUUUAGAUCAAAUAAUGCAUUUUCAAUAAUAUUAAAUAUCCCAAAAAAUAUUUUAAAUAUACAUCUGAUGAUCUAAAAUCAAUUACAGUUCUUCUUCUUUCGGCUGCUCCCGUUAGGCUCGCCACAUACAUGAUAUUUGACUUGGCACAGGUUUUACGCCCAGUGGCCGGGGGAUUCUAACUCACACCUACGGGGCAAUUUAGAGUCUUCAGUUAACUUUAUAUGCAUGUUUUUGGACUUGUGGGGGAAACCGGAGCACCCGGAGGAAACCCAUGCAAACACAGGGAGAACAUUUAAACUCCACAUAGAAAGCCCCAGUUGAGCCGGGACUCGAACCCGGGACCUUCUUGCUGUGAGGCCUAAAAUAAUUUACCAUUAAUAGCCUAAAUAUAUCAGUUCUGCAUACACAAUCUGUAUUUGGACUAAAUGUUUUUGUACCCCCUGAGUGUGCCAGCACAGACCAUGUUCUUCAGGAGCUAAUAAAGUACUAGAAUCAACUUCUAUAAUGCUUUAAUAACCAACAUUGGGGUAAAACAGAAGGACACAUUCAUCGCUCUUGGCUCUUACAUAUCUGUUCUAAUGCAUCAUAAUUAACAAUAAUCCAGUGAAGACUUGAAAACUACUGAGAAAUUAACUUUUUAUGUCUAAAAAUAUUUUAAUCGUGCCUGUAUAGUGUAUGUAGUAAUUAUAUAUAUUUGUUAAGAAAGGUCUUCAACUUGAAGGCUAAAUCCACAAUGUGCAAUUAGGAAAAGAAAUGUGUGAUGCAGCGUUUUUAUUCAGAACCAAAGCAUAUGCUGAUGUUCGACUAAAAAGAGAGAAACCUCAAAUUUUUUCAUUCAACAGAAAGUGGAGUAGUUCUGAAAGUUUACUGUGAUAAACCCUUUGGUCUUUAGUUUCAUGAAGAAAAAAAUCGCAAAUAAAAAUAAUUUUUUUAUCAUUAAAAUAAAGUAACAUUUUCACUUCGGAACAACUGACUUUGUUUCCAUUUUGGGUUACGUUCCACAAAAAACUAUUUCAUCGGCUUACGAUUUGUGUUUUUGUUCCUUCUACGUUAUUUUAGUCGGUGGUCCAGGAUGCAAUACUGUAGAACUUCUUACAACCAGCUUCAAAAAUAUGGGUUAAAAACCAAAGUUUUUGAAGUCAUUUCCUUCAGCCUGUGUGGACUUGUCUAGCAGGCUCUGAACUGGACCAUGCUGUACACAGGAAAGGAAGAGUUAGGGUGGGAAGUGAGAUAUUUAUGGCAAAACUGAAACAAAACUGCACAACUUUGUUUUUAAUCAAUGUGAUUCGUGUUUUAUACAUUUGUAAAGAUAUAUUUAUUUUUGUAUUCAUUUUUUGUAGGCGACUGAGCAUAAUUUAGGAGUCAAGCUAACUUUCCACCCAAAACAGGUAACUCCUCUCAUCGUUGUUGUAUGGUUAGAGUAUUUUGGUCAACAUGGGGGAAGGGCUUGGCACCUAGGAAACAAGCUCUAUGUUUCAUCUAGAAACAGUAUGGAAAAAAAGUGCUUCCUCACUCCUAUUAAAAGAACGUUCUAUUUUAGUUUUUGCACUCUUGUUUGUUACUGUUACAUAUUGCAACAUAAUCUUAAAGCACUUGUGUACAGAUUUUUGUCAUGUGGAUGCUUUUAGUGACUUUUGAAGAAUUUCUAAUGACCUAAUUCCUCAUUAGCAUUUGGCCUCCACAAUAUAGCCUACAGUGUAGGGCUUUGUUAUUAUAAUGUAUGUUCCUAAAACACAUUUGUCAAUCCAUUGUUCUGUGCUUUAACAUUUCCUAAUCAUGAUUCUUAGCUGACAGUGCCAUCAGUAAAAAAGUGUUGAGUUGUUAUUUUAUUGUAAUUGUUUUUCUAGCUUUAUGAUUUAUUUUGGCGACCUCCCCAGCUGGAAAAUCUAUUUCCUGUCUUUGCUUUGUCUUGGAAAAAGAUAUGAAAGAGAUAUGUUGAGAUAUGAAAAGUAUUGUAGCAUUCGCUGAAAUCAGUAACAUUUAAGGGAAUGGUGAUCACAGAAGGGCUAAAACUCUAGUGUAUUUACUCAGGUAAUUAUGGAUCACCUAGUGCCAGUUAACUAAUGAAUAGAACACCUUUAACCUGAGUAGACCCAGCCAAACUUUUUGAAGGUUAACUGAGGUUUUAUGCAGAAAUCUUUUCUCAGAAUGUGCUGAUAUAAAAUCAGCUCUCCUUAGCUCAGAUUUUUAUGAUUAUGUACAUUUUUUUACUCUCAUCUCAACUGUAACAAAAUAAUAAUAAUAAUAGGACUUGUAAUGAGUUUGCAUGAUCUUCUUCUACUUACAAAAGUGGGACUACUGCAUGCCAACAUGUGCCAAGACUUUUUCUAUGCUUGUUUGGAAUAUUCCUGUAUAUUCUUGUGUAUAUAAAUGUGGAUGUGCUUUGUAAUGUCAAGCUAAAGAUAAGUAUGUUUUAAAUCACAGCUUUGGAGUAAUUUUUUAACACCUGUGGUUGUUUCUUACUUGUGUUGUUAUGUAUUAAUUGUAAUGUAAGAAAGUUUACCAUUGUUUUGUUUACUGAUAAUAAAAAUGAAU